AUGAGAACGAUGGAUGCGCAGCUGCAGCAGCAGAUUGUCAAGGUUCAGAUGAUAGAAAAGGGCUUGCAAUCUUUAGCCACCUUCCACAGCACGCAACUCCUCAAGGGCUUCACCACUCUGGACCUCUCUGCACUCCCCUCGCCCUCCUACCACACGCUCGUCUUCCACCUCCUCUCACUCUCCCUCCACCACUCCGCAUCCCUCUCCACCGUAUCCACACUCAAAGCCUACCCCUCAAUAACCACCCCCUGCCUGCAACAAAUCAUCGUCCUGAAUCUCCCAGCACUUAGAAAGCUCGAUCUCAGCAACUGCACUCGCCUGGUCGACUCUGAUUUGCCUCUGAUUGCUCGAUUCACUCAGCUCACUCGCCUCUGCUUGGCUGGAUGCACUGGCUUCAGGUUCGGUGCAGCAGCACCGUACCCUGUCACAAGCAGUGCUCCAAACCUGGCAAACUUGACAGAUUUUGCGAAUUUGACAAAUUUGGCAAGUCUGACAAAUCUGGCAAAUCUGACGAGCCUGACGAAUCUGACAAACCUGAGGAGGCUGAAUCUGAGCAGGACGGCUGUGGGUGAUGAGGGCAUGGCUGUCUGGUGUCAGCUCACAGGGAUCACCACUCUAGACCUGCGCCACUGCGCGCGCAUCACAUGUCGGGCCAUGUACCAUAUUUGCCAGCUGCAGCACCUAGACACGCUCAACCUUGCCUGGGUGGCCAAUUCUGCAGCGGGUUUUGCAGCAAAUUCUGCAGGCUAUUCCGAUUCCGUACCUGGUGAAAGGUGGAUCAGGGUGCUGGGGCCCAUGGAAGAGCUCGCAUGGCUGAGCCUGUUCGGGUGGCAUCUGAGGGACGAAGCUGCCCUGUGUGCUGCAAAGUUCUUCCCAAGAUUGAGAGCUUUGCUCUGCUCUGCAACUGCUGGUGCUGGUGCUGGGCUGUGCGGUGGUGGUGGCAGUGGGUUGACCAAGAGUGGUGUGAAGAAGAUGGUAAAGAGGCUGGCUCGUUUGGGGGAGCUCUGGCUGCUUGGAGGUUCGGAGGAGGUUAGGAAAGCGGUGAGGAAGGAUCGGCCCUGGCUUAAGGUCCUCUCCUGA